AUGAACCAGACAAAGGUGGUGGAGAUUCUGCUGUUGGGUUUUCAGAAUCCAAAGCGUUUAAACUAUUUUCUAUUUGUUCUGUUCCUUGUGAUCUACAUCCUGACAUUACUUGGGAACCUGCUGAUUAUUAUAUUGGUGGCAAAGUUUCAGAGGCUGAAAUCUCCCAUGUAUUUCUUCCUCACUCAGUUAUCGGUGUGCGAUAUCCUUCUCACCACCAAUAUAUCCCCCAACCUGCUCCAUGUUAUAAUUAAUGGAGGAAGCACGAUAUCUUUAGCUGGCUGCAUCACUCAGUUUUACUUUUUUUGUGUCACAGAAACCACAGAAUGUUUCCUUCUCACAAUGAUGUCCUACGACCGGUAUUUGGCCAUUUGUCGCCCAUUGCAUUACACCUCCAUCAUGAGUUUUAGGCUCUGUUUCCAACUCAUUCUUUCUUCUUGGCUUUUAGCAUGUAUACCAACAUUUACUUUUGCACCCAUGGUUUCAGUGAUACAGUUCUGUGGUCAUGUCAUUGACCAUUAUUUCUGUGAUUUUGCUCCUCUUUUAGAGUUGUCUUGUACAAAGCAUACCCUUUUUGAACUUGCUGACUUUGUCUCAGGCAUCCCAUUUAUAGCUGCCCAUGUUGUCUUUAUUGCUUUUACAUACGUUUCCAUCUUAAUCACCAUACGAAAAAUCACCUCCAGCACCGGGCGGCAAAAAGCCUUCUCCACCUGCAGCUCUCACUUGACUGUAGUGUGUUCCUUCUAUGGGACUGUAAUAGCGGUUUAUUUGGCUCCUUCCAAAGGGGAAUCGUUUGAUACAAAUAAAGAGUUAUCUCUUUUAUACACCGUCCUAUGUCCAUUUUUUAACCCCAUUAUAUACAGUCUUAGGAAUCAGGAUAUUAAAUCACUUCUGAACAAGUUUAUUGUGAUUCGUAAAAAAGGAUUAACCCCUUAA